AUGACAGGCGCGCACGACCCCGACACCUACGAGGCGUUCGUCGAAAGGCUGAACGUGAUUAAUUUCAACGUGAGAGACCUGCUCUCCUUUUCGUGCUUAGUCAAGACCGACUUCUUCGACCGCCUUCUAUGGAAAACUCUCGGCCCCCUUGCGGUGCUAGGCGUACUCCAAGCUACGCACGUCAUUGCAAGGUUGAGAAACAGGAACAUCCCAAGUGACUCUGUACAGCUCACGGUCCGGCGGAAGCACCUAUCGUUGGCGAUUUUUAUCCUCUUUUUUGUCUAUUCCUCGGUUUCUCGCGACAUUUUCCUCACCUUUUCUUGCGAAACGUUGGAGGACGGAGUUUCGUACCUUCGGGCGGACUAUGGCUUUGUGUGUUUCUCAAGGCGGCACGUUGCCUUUCGCGUCUAUGCCGGCGUCAUGGUGUUGGUAUAUCCCUUGGGAAUUCCUGCCUUGUUCGGGUGGUGGCUGAGGCGCAACCGGCACGAUCUACGAUCACCUUCUCGCGCGGAGAAUGCAGACCUAGAGCCAGCCAAAGCUCUUUGGGAGUCGUACAAGGGUGAAACGUGGUACUUCAUAAUUAUCGAAUGCGUUCGUCGAAUUGCGCUUACUGGUCUGGGUGUUUUUAUAAACCCGAACAGCGCCGCGCAAGUCGCCAUUUUGCUGUUGCUCGCUUUCGGGUUUUUGGUCUUGUCUGAAGUGCUCGACCCGUUCGAAAAGCCAAUCGAGACCUGGCUUUACCUAUCCGGAUCUUGUGUUAUCUUCGCCAGCAUGUACGCUGCGCUGCUGCUCAAGGUAGACGUUAGCAACGAGAACAGCGAAAGCCAAACCGCCUUCUCGGCGGUGUUGAUCUUGUCGCAUGUUGUCUUGUUUACGACGGUGUUCGCUCAGGGCGUUUUCGCGUUGGUCCAGAAGUGUCGUGAAGUUCGGCAGGCAAAUGAAGAGGAGGCGGAAAGAGCGGCCGUGCGGGCAAAGUUUCGGGAAGUACUGCCAAAGCUCCGGCGUCCAAGUAGGAUGGGGGCUCGAGUCGCACCGUUCUACGACGAAGGAUCGCCGUUUGUUCUCCAGGACGUUCCUCAAGGCCGGCCAGUGAACGAGUGCCGCGGCACCGAUGAUGCGCACGCUGGAGACAUCGCACUGUGGCCCGAGAAAGAGCAAGGCAUCUUCCAUGGCGAGAGUAAAGUCACGGAGGUCUCCCCUUCCAGUACUAUGGGGGCAAGAGCUGCACCGCUCCCCGAAGAAAGACCGCCGCUUGAUCCGGAAGACGUUACCCAAGGUCGACCGUUAAGCGAGCGCCGUGGUAGUCACAAUGCGCAGGCUGGGGAAAGCCGAUUGUUGCUCAAGAACGAGCAAGGCAUCGUCCACAGCGAGAGUAGAGUCCCGAAGUGGUCCCAUUUACACGAUGGUGACGUUGGUGUGCAUUCGUCGAAUCGAGGAAAACACCGGGUAUUGCCUUUGUCGCCCUUUGCGGUGGGCUCUCCCGGGGUGUAA